AUGUCUACACUUAUUAUCAAGAACAAGCUAACUGUACUCUUUCAUCUCAACAGACAACAACAACCAAAACAAAUGUCUGAAGCUGUUUCGAACGUAUCAGCUGAUAAUAAUGAGCUUGAGCUUGAACUUAAGCUUUCGAAAAUUCGCACACAAAUCAACUCGAAAUUAGAAAACCAAAAGCAUUUGGCAAUAAUAUUAUCGGCAGUCGAAGAAAACAUAGAAGAACAAAAGAAUGAAAAAACACCAGUAUCAUAUGUGGUUUCCUUUUUGUCUUUGCUAGAUCAAUGUAUUCAGGAUGACAAAAUACUUGAUAGUAAUCUUGCUGCCACAACUGCCUAUUUCCUUGACCUUUUAUUUCCAUUCACACCAAAGCCUUUGUUAAAGCAAAAAUUUAGUGAGAUCUUAUUGAAAUUGUCACAACCUUUGAAUAUUGAUGCAGAAGCACCAUUGGUCAGGUCUACCAUUGGAGCCAUUGAAAGUUUAUUGUUGGCCCAGGACAGGGCUCAGUGGUUGCACCGUGGUGCAGUCUCGCCAAAUAGGGCUCUCAUUGCGCUUGUGGAAUUAUCCUUUGACCCAAGACCCAAAGUUAGAAAGAGAGCACAAGAUUCAGUGAAACAGAUUCUUCUGCAUCCACCAGCAAGUGCAAGUGCAAGUGCAAAUGGCAACAAUAGUACUGUACAUGUUGCAGCACCAGCCGUUUCCGAUGUAACUUUGAAGCAUUUACAAGAGCUACUUUUGAACUUCAACCACAAUAAAAAGGGUGGUGCUGAUAAAGAAUUAAACUCGCAAAUCAUUCAUUGCCUUCAACUCAUCACUAUAAUCACUUCUGCCAACUCGUGGCCUGUGAAAAGCAUAGAGCAAUUGUGCGAUGCACUUUUGGAGAUUGCAAACACAUCAGACCAAUUCUUGAUCCGUGCCGCAUUUGAAGCAUUUGAAGGACUCUUCAAGUCCAUGACCAAUGUGAUUGACGUGCAAAAGUACGUCAAGGUGCUCAACAUUAUCUUUGAUCUUAAGCCAAGCAUGAAUGACACCCACUUGAGUACCGCUUGGUUGGCCGUUGUAGCAAAAGCUUUUGAAGGAUUUAGCGCAUUGGCACCGCUUGAGAGCAUCAAAAAAUUACCACAAGUUCUUCAAAUUGUGUCGGAGUUCCUCUCUUCAGAUAGCAGAGACAUUUAUGCUAGUGCUUCACUGUGUUUGAUUGCCAUCAUUAACCAUGCUGUACCAGAAACAUAUCUUUUACAACCAAAUGCGCAGUACGGAAUCACAGAAGACAUUUACGAGUCUGUUGAUGAGGCAAUCACGUUUGUUGCUGAGUUUAUCGAAAAAGAGCUAUUUUCAAUCAAGUACCAAAAUGCAACAGGUUUGAUAUUGCAAUUUGUCAGAGCUACAAUUUUGAAAUUUCAAUCAAGAGCCAACCCUGAUUUUUUAAACAUUGUGCAAACUGUUGGUGAGUGGAGAACUAGCGAGAAGGAUAAUUUCCCGCACAACAAAGAGGCUGAGGAGUGUUUAGCGGCUGCUAUUGCUGCACUUGGUCCUGAAGCUGUAUUGGGUGUACUCCCAUUGAACUUGGGCGAGAAUGUUAAUGGACCUGGAAGAGCUUGGUUGUUGCCACUUCUCAGAGAUAAUGUUAGCUGUGCUGAACUCGGAUUUUACAAAUCCCAAAUCUUGCCUAUUGUGCAAUUUUUUGAGUCCAAAAUUGCAAAUUCUGUACAAAAGGAAUCUAUUAAUAACAAAAUAUUUCAAACAAUCAUUGAUCAGAUUUGGUCAUUGUUGCCAAAGUUUUGCGACUUGCCAAAAGAUUUGAGGUCUGCUUUCGAUGAAGCUUUUGCAACACAAUUGGCUGAUUUGAUGUUUGCCAAGGUUGAAUUGCGUACUUUCAUCUGUCAUGCAUGGAGAACGCUUGUUGAAUCGAAUUUGGCGUAUCGUGAUGGUAAAUUAGAGCAACCAAAUUUGUUGCUUCUUCAACAGGAAUUUCCACAACAAGCGGCAAGUACAAAUAUUGAAUAUUUGUCUACAAUUGCGUCAAACAUACUCACAGUAUUGUUCAAUGUUUUUUCCUAUACCAUGCCUGAAUCCAGAGGUUUUGUUUUGGAAACAAUUGAGGCAUACUUGCGCAUUGUGCCAGCCCCAGAGUUGAGUCAAACUUUUGAUAAAGUUUGUGGGAUGUUGAAGUCUGCAAUGGAUGAGGAUUUGCAAGAGGGUUCCGGAAAUAAAGAUAAGAAUAAAAACAAGAAUAAAAAAGGGGAAAACUCCACUCCUGAUAAUGGUGUUACAAUGAUGGACUUGGUUGUUGUAAUGGCAAAGUACUUACCUGUUGAGUCACACAAUGCACUUUUCUCGAUCUUUGCACUCACGAUAGAUUUAGAAAGCAAGCCAUUGUUGCAAAAGAGAUCGUACAGAAUUAUCACCAAUCUUGCAGAGUCAGAGCAAGGCAGAGCUUCUAUUCAGAAAUUUAUUGUUGAGAUUGAGAAGAAGUUGAUUGAGACCACAAGCGUUACUAGUCAAUCUGCAAAGGCCUCUAGAUUGAAUGCUAUUUUGUUAAUUUUAGACUUGCUUCCUCAAACCGAUUUGUACUUUAUACCAGCAAUUGUUCAGGAGAUUAUUAUGGCUACAAAGGAUGUGAAUGAACGUUCAAGAGGCUUGUCUUAUCAAAUUUUGAUCAAGAUGGGUCAAAAGAUGAAGGAAGGUGGUGUAAUUGAGAAUGCCAAGGUUCCUGGAUUUGAUGCAAAUGCGCCAUCCACUGAAUCAUCGCUUUCGGAAUUUUUCACCAUGAUAAGUGCUGGUUUGGCAGCUCAAAACCCACACAUGAUCUCGGCAACAAUCACUGCGAUUUCGUGUUUGAUUUUUGAGUUCAAAAAUGACUUGCCCAUAGAUACGUUGAUGGAGAUUGCCUCUACUGUUGAGUUGUUCCUCACACACAACUCUAGAGAGAUUGCCAAAUCAGCUAUUGGAUUUGUGAAAGUUGAGAUUUUAUCAUUACCCGAAGAAAUGGUGAGAAACAAUUUGAGCGAGCUCCUUACUAAAUUGAUGAAAUGGUCGCACGAGCACAAGGGACACUUCAAGAGCAAGGUUAAACAUAUUAUUGAAAGGUUGAUUCGAAAGUUUGGUGCCGAAGAGGUGGAGAAUGCAAUCCCUGAGGAAGAUCGUAAACUUGUCAUCAACAUCAAAAAGGCAAGAAACAGAGCCAAGAGAAAGCAAGAAGCAUUGCCUGAGUCUGGUGAUGUAGCUGAAGGUGAAACCCACAAUGCCAAGAGCGCCAAAAAGAAAUUUGUGUCUGCUUACGAGGAGGCAUUAUACGACUCGGAUGUCUCAGAUGAUGACGUUGAUAUAUACGAUGAGGAUGCAGAAAGAUCUUCAUCUUCAAGAAAGAAUAAGGGCAAGAAAGCCAACCAAUUUAUUUUGGAGAGUGGUGAUGAGCCUCUCAACUUGUUAGAUCGUCAAGCAUUAGCUCAUAUUUCUUCUUCCAAGCCAAAGAAAUUCACAAAAUCUGAUCUUAAAUCAAAGACAGAUGAGUUCAAGACCAAAAACGGCAAGUUGGUUUUCAAGGAAGAUGGUGCAAUUGCUAAAGGAAGUGAUAAAGAAGAUCCAUUGGCAAAGAGUGGUUCGGGUAUUGAUGCUUACUUGGAUGCUGUUAAACAGGCUCCAGUGAGAGGUCAAAAGAACAAGUUGAAAUUCAAAAAGACCAAGGGUGGUGAUGACGAUGAUGGUGACAAUUGGUCUGAUGAUGAUGAUGAUGAUGAUACUAAUAAUAAUAAUAAUGACAGAGCAGGCGCAAAUCCCAAAUCUGCCCUUAAGAAAUCUAAAACCCUUGGGAAAUCAAAGAUAUCAAAGCCAUCAAACAAGCAAAAAUUCAAGGCUAAAAAGAAAUUUUGA